AUGCACAGACAUUUUCAGAACAUGGCUCGUUUAAAAGUACAGAACAAAAAUACAAAAGCUCAUCACGAAGAAAAGAAAAGAAGGCAGCGCGAAGCUAUGAGAAGGCUACGUGAAUCAAGGCGACAGGAUCCAGAGAAGUAUGAAGAAGACAAGCGAAAAGAACGGGAACGGUAUUACCGGAGAAAAGAAGCAGGCCAAAUUUAA